AGCUUUAGGUUCAGACACGGGAGGAUCUACCCGAAACCCUGCUGCUCACUGCGGUGUAGUAGGUUUAAAGCCAACAUACGGACUGAUCUCUCGCCAUGGUCUCAUUCCUCUAGUGAACUCCAUGGAUGUGCCAGGAAUCCUAACCAGAUGCGUGGACGAUGCAGCAGUUGUGUUAGGUUCUCUUGCUGGACACGAUCCUAAAGACUCUACCACAAUUCAGGACAACUUUGAGCCGUUUGAACUGCCUAAUUUGACUGAUGUCAGCAAGCUCUCCAUAGGAAUUCCAAAGGAAUAUCAUGCACCAGGGCUUUCUAGUGAAAUUCUGGCUCUCUGGUCAAAGGCUGCUGACCUCUUUAAGGAUGCAGGUGCCAAAGUAAUUGAAGUGAGUCUACCGCACACUCGUUACUCGAUUGUCUGCUACCAUGUGCUGUGCACUGCAGAAGUGGCAUCAAAUAUGGCCAGGUUUGAUGGACUGGAAUAUGGACACCGUUCUGACAUGAACAAGUCCACAGAAAGUAUGUAUGCUGCAACACGACGAGAAGGUUUUAAUGAUGUUGUGAGAGGAAGAAUUCUUUCAGGAAACUACUUCUUGUUGAAACAGAAUUAUGAGAAUUACUUUGUCAAGGCACAGAAAGUCAGACGUCUCAUUGCAAACGACUUUGUGAAGGUUUUCAGGAGCGGGGUUGAUAUUUUACUCACUCCUACCACUCUGACCGAUGCAGUACCAUACCUAGAAUUCAUCAAAGAAGACAACAGAACCCGCAGUGCGCAAGAUGACGUCCUAACACAGGCUGCAAACAUGGCUGGGUUGCCGGCCAUAAAUGUUCCUACAGCUCUUUCGGAGAGAGGCUUGCCUGUUGGGCUUCAGUUCAUUGGACGUUCAUUCCAGGAGAAGCAGCUUCUCAGUGUAGCCAAAUGGUUUGAAAAACAAGUAAAAUUCCCAAUGAUCCAGCUAGAAGAAGUGAAGAGGCAUGACCAUGGUGUCUUUCAGCAUCAGAAAUCUGCCUCUUUUUCAUAACGUGGGACUUGCUAGACAGCUGAAGGAAGAAAGCUGUGAGGAUGGUUAAAAAAAAAAUCCUGCAGUUAAUUAUCUUUUGCAGAAAUAAUCCAUUUUAAGAAGACCAUAUGCAGUAAUGCAGGAUGGAAUCACGACAGCUUGUUACUGUGUAAUUAAGGCAAAGUGAAUCAUUAAGUAAACAUGUCUAUAUUAUUAAGAACUGUUUCUUAACUGAUAUUAAAAACACCAAGUUAAAAUUAGGUAUUGUACGCCUGUGGAGCUGCUUUUUUCCAUCC